AUGUCAAUGAAGAAAAUACACAAAGACAUCUAUCUUUCCAUUCUAGCUCAGGAGUGCUCUCCUGGGAGACACCAGCUUCUUCAGAGCCCUUAUAGAAGUGUCCAUUUUGACUCCUUGCACCUCCAGCAGUCAGCCAUUCAAGACCUGAUAUGUGACCACUCCCUUUCUCCUGGAUGGUAUCGAUUUCUCCUCUUUGACAGACCUGCUGAGAUGCCAACCAAAUGUGUUGAGAUGAACCACUGUGGAACACAGGCCCCUGUCUGGCUGUCUCUGAGAGAUUCAGAAACACUGCCUCCACCUGGGGAGAUCAAGCAGUUGACAGCUUGUGCCACAUGGCAGUUUUUGUUUAGCACUACAAAAGACUGCUGUCUUUUUCAAAUCCCAGUGUCUGUAAGAAACUGUGGAAAGUUUUUUGUGUACUUCCUACAACCCACUCAGGGAUGUAUGGGAUAUUGUGCAGAAGCUAUUUCUGAUGCAAAUUUACACUCAUGUGGCCCUGACGAAACUGAAAUUGGAGGUGAUUGUGUUCGUCAGCUGUCUGCCUCAUUGCCACCACCACCUCCAGGAAGGCCAGAGGUUGUAGUGGAGGUGAUUGAGUCCAGGCUUUUCUGUAGGUGUGCUUUUGAUGUUUCCCCUACAAACAACUCAGUGGGAUUUCUCAUAGCUUGGUCCAGGCUUUCUUCUCUAGGAAUCAAAGAGGAGCUGAAACAAGAGACUACAGUUCAGGCAUUCUCUCUUUUAGAACUGGAUGGCAUAAAUCUCAGACUUGGAGACAGGAUAUUUUGUAGUGCUUCCAUCUUUUUCUUGGAGAAACCACAUGUACAAAGUUUAGCCAUCAAAAGCCAAGAAUUUUUUGCAGGCAUUAAGUUACAACCUGAACUGAGCACUAUAUCAGAAGAUGGGAAAGAAUACCAGUUGAGGAUAGAGAGCACUAUUCCUAUUAUUUGUCCUGAAUUCAGUGAGCUUGAUCAGGAGUGCAAAAUCUCAUUAAAACUGACAACUGUUGAUCAAGGUAAAGAACAGCGAAACUUAAAUUUGGCACUGUCUUCCUGUCACGUGGACCUUCACCAGACAUCAUCCUGUGCUAAUGGAACCUGCAGCCAUGCUUCUGUGUACUACACUGCUGUAACAGAUUUUUCUCGAGAUGGAAACAGAGUCACAAAUAUUGUAGUAGAACCUAUAGUUGAUCAGGAUUUUCUGUGGAACAGCUAUAUUCCAGACAGCAUCCAGAUCAGAGUAAAGGAUGUCCCGACUGCUUACUGCUAUUCAUUUACUGACCCACAUAUAAUUACCUUUGAUGGCAGGAUGUAUGAUAACUUCAGAACUGGAACAUUUGUGCUUUAUAAGAGUAUGUCACGUGAUUUUGAAAUCCAUGUACGCCAGUGGGACUGUGGAAGCCUUCACUAUCCUGUGUCAUGUAACUGCGGCUUUGUUGCCAAAGAAGAAGGUGAUGUAGUUACUUUCGAUAUGUGCAGAGGUCAGCUACAUGAAUCACAGCCAUAUUUAUUUGUAAAGAGCCAAGAUGUAACCAGCAAUAUCAAGAUAAGUGAAUCUUACUUAGGAAGAAAAGUCACGAUCUGGUUUUCUUCUGGAGCAUUUAUCCGUGCUGAUCUUAGUGAAUGGGGCAUCAGUUUAACAAUCAGAGCCCCUAGUGUAGAUUACAGAAACACUUUGGGACUUUGUGGCACCUUUGAUGAAAACCCAGAAAAUGAUUUCCAUGAUAAAAAUGGGAUCAAAAUUGAUCAAACUUUUAAUAAUUGUUUUGCUUUUAUUAAUGAAUGGAGGAUUUUCCCAGGAAAAAGCAUGUUUGACACAAUGCCAGUUUCUCUGCCAUCACCUAGAAAACUAUCCUAUUGUAGCUGCUCGUUGGACACUACUUCAUUGUAUCCAUCUUCUAAUCAUCUGGAAACUGUUUCAGCUUGCAAAGACCCCAAAGGUGUCAAAUUGUCUUCCCUGAUACCAGAGCUAGAUGUCACCUCUGAAUAUAUUAAUUCAGAAGCUCUUGUCAGAGGAAUAAACAAGCAUACAUCUCAAGAAGAAAAUAAUUUGGAUUUCUUUCCUCAAGCAAAAAAGCAUGUGAACCUAACCAAUCUGUACUUAUAUUUACAAAAACAUCCUGGGAAUGAAAAACAAAAUGCAUCAAAAACUUUGGACAAGGGGAGACAUACACAGGACCAGGGUAAUCACAGCCAAGAAACAAGGUGGGAUCAACAAAACAGAUGGAAACGGCAAAACUUUAAUGAGUUUCUUCCUUUGUUUGCUUUCCGAAGUCUCAGCCAAAGUGACCUAGAAGAGUUUACUUACUUCUUCCCUGAGGACCAUACUGAGAAUGUCCACCAAGAGUUUGUCCCCACAUGGCCCACACCAUCUGGCCUCACCGAAUACAGCACAUUGGCACUGUGUCAGCACACUCUUGCCAACUCCAGCAUAGGAAGGCACUGUCUUGCCUUUCUUGGCAAGAGACUAGACAGUGUGAUAGAUAUGUGUGUUAAGGAUGUUCUCCUAAAAGAUGAUCUUAGCUGGGCAGAAGCAGGUGUGGCCCUUUUAGAAAAUGAAUGUGAAAAGGGGAUUUUGGAAGAGGGGAAAUAUAACAGAGAAGAAUACAGCAAGUCAAUUCAAGACAUUCUCUUGUCAUUAAAAUGCCCCAAUUUAUGCAGUGGCCAUGGGCAGUGUAUGGAGUGGGGUUGCGCAUGUUCCCCAGGCUUUAGUUCCUAUGAUUGCAGUGAUUCACACGACAAGGUUCCUGAAAUUAUAGAACUUGAGAAUGCUGGAUUCUGUAAUAUUCGAAAAUAUACCUGUAUGAUGGUGAGAGUUUUUGGUCAAGGCUUCAAAGAAUCACCUUCAAUUAAAUGUGAAGUUACUAAACUGAAGUAUAAUAGCAGUAAAUGGGUCCUUGGAGAAACCACCUAUGCACAUACUGUUUUUCAAAAUAGCAGAACUGUUGAUUGUCAGUUGCCUGCUGAGGUUCAGCAGUCUGGUACCAUGGAUCUGAUGGGUAAAAAACCAGUUGUGAAGUGGCAAAUAAAGGUCUCUAAUGAUGGUUAUAGGUUCAGUAAUCCCAAAAUAAUGAUUGUAUAUGAUGGAGCUUGUCAAGUUUGUGAUCUCUAUGAAAAGGACCCAUGUACUAUAAAGGAAAAUGUUUGCAUUAUUGAUGGGCUCUGCUACAUUGAAGGAGAUAAAAAUCCUACCAGCCCUUGUUUGAUUUGUAGACCUAAAAUUUCAAAAUUUACUUGGUCAUUUUUAGAAGAAAACCAACCUCCAGUGAUUCAAGUACCGCAAGAUAAAUUACAGACAUUUUACGGGGAGAACUUUGUGUACCAGUUCGUGGCCUUUGAUCCAGAAGGCUCUGACAUCCAUUUUACCUUGGACUCUGGCCCUGGAGGAGCAAAUGUUUCCUCUGCAGGACUUCUUAUGUGGAAAACAGAUUUACAGACUCCCCAGCAAUUUAUCCUACAUGUUAAUGAUAACUGCAGUGCUGAAACUAGAGUCAUGAUUGAGGUGACUGUGAAGUCUUGUGAUUGCUUAAAUGGGGGAUCAUGUGUGUCUGAUAUUAAAUUUCCUCCAGGAAGUGGAGUGUACCUGUGUCUCUGCUUGCCUGGUUUUCAGGGAGAUUUUUGUGAAGAGGAUGUCACCGAGUGCCAAUCGAACCCCUGUGGCCUUGGCAGAUGCAUUAGUGGUUUUCACAGUUAUUCUUGUGAUUGUCCACCUGAACUCAAAGUUGAAACACAGUCUUUAAAUGAAUUUACUGCACAUACUGUGGUUCUCAUAAGGUCUGACAACAGUGUAACUAAGGAAGAGGAUGGUAAAAAUACCAACCAGGGAGAGAGAAAUGUUAAGCCAACAAAUGGAAAUGCCUCUUCCAUUUGUAGACAUCCAUGUGGAAAAAACAGGGAGUGUGUUGCCCCAAACAUAUGCAAAUGUAAACCUGGUUACACUGGUUCUAACUGCCAAACUGCUGUAUGUCAUCCUGAUUGCAAAAACCAUGGAAAAUGUAUUAAGCCUAACAUUUGUGAAUGUCCCCUAGGACAUGGUGGAACAACCUGUGAUGAAGAACGCUGCAGACCACCUUGUCAACAUGGUGGCACCUGCUUGGCUGGAAAUCUCUGCACUUGUCCUUAUGGUUUUGUAGGACGAAGGUGUGAAACAAUAGUUUGUAACAGGCACUGUGAAAAUGGAGGCAAAUGUCUUACACCAGAUGUUUGCCAGUGCAAGCCUGGCUGGUAUGGACCCACCUGUAGCACAGCUUUGUGUGACCCCGUUUGCCUCAAUGGUGGUUCCUGUAAUAAGCCAAACACUUGCCUCUGUCCAAAUGGAUUCUUUGGUGCACAGUGUCAGAAUGCUAUCUGUCACCCUCCCUGUAAGAACGGUGGUCACUGCAUGAGAAAUAAUGUGUGUGCCUGUCCUGAAGGAUACACUGGUAGGAGGUGCCAAAAAAGUAUCUGUGAUCCUAUAUGCAUUAAUGGAGGAAAGUGUGUGAGACCAAACUUUUGCUCUUGUCCUUCUGGCUGGACAGGGAAACAAUGCAAUACACCUAUCUGCUUUCAGAAAUGUAAAAAUGGUGGUGAGUGUAUUGCUCCCAGCAUAUGCCAUUGUCCUACUACAUGGGAAGGAGCACAGUGUCAAAUACCAAUUUGCAAUCAAAAGUGUCUUUAUGGAGGCAGAUGUAUACUCCCCAACAUAUGUUCUUGCCGCACUGGGUAUUCUGGAGCCAAGUGUGAAAAGAAAAUACUACAGGUAAGACGGAAGGUGGUCACUCAGGGAUACGAGGAGUUAGGGUUGAGGCCUUGGGACCAUCAAACAUACCCAGAGGUGGCUGGGAGAAGUCCUGCUCCUCCACUCGGGGUUCUGACGGUGCCCACGCGUAGCAGGAAGCAGUUACAGCAAAGAGCCUGCGCCCAUCAGCGCCCCUCAAGAAGGAGGAACAGGACAAAAGGCAGAGGAGGGAUUUGUCGCCGGGGGCUGUGCAGCGUCCUCGCACCCAGCACCUCAGACCAGAGUGCCCAGUGUGAAGUGUCUGCACCUGACACCGCAGCUCAGUGGGCCGUGUGCAGAGGGCUGCACACAGCACCUCAGUUCAAGGUGGCGGUGGUGGGCCGAGCCCAGAGACGCUGUGCCCGCACCGCUGUCUGGCGCUGGUCCAAGAAGGAAGACACCCACUUCAAACAGGCCAACAAGAAGAGAGACUCCAAGAAAGAGCUCCCAGGGGAUGAAGGAUGGUCUCGGGGCUUCUGGAACAGACAAUCCAGAGCCCCAGUUACGGUGGUAUGCUCUAGAAGGUGGAGCACAGUCUCUGGGUUGUCAUAUGCCCUUGGCCCUGUGGGGAGUGACAUGGAAAACGGCAGCUUCAGCACCUGCCGGGGUGAAGACCCCUAUUGUCCAAGUCUAAGAGUUGUAUUGACCCUAAAACUACUGGAGUGGCAAAAUUUAGGAUGUUCAACAGGGCGUAAGGAUGUAAAAAUAUUAACUGUGUACCAAACAUCAAUGCUGUAA